AAAGCCCUACACGAUAGCUUGACAUUUGUGACUAAAAUACACAUGUAGUCGUUUCUUAAAUUUCUUUGGCAUACGAUCGUCAAAAGUGGUACUGACUUUAGCAUGAAGGUUUGGGGAGUUACAUGCAAAGUUUGGAUAAUUACUUUAUGGGCACUUUUGUUGUCACUGGUGAAAAACUUUGACCAAAAUUUCGGAAGUAAAGCCGAUUCGCCGUCGGUAGUGACAUUCCACGAAGCGUCAAGUCGCUUCUGGCCCGCACCAGAUCCAAAUCGGUUUGGCAUUGCGUCUAACCUUAACCGGGGUGCUGGAGAAAGUCAGGGUAAACUCUCCAAAACCCAACCGUCGAGUUUCAAGACGAAAGAUGGGCGUCCCGCUGCCGUCUUUGACGAUGUUUUGGAGUACAAGACGCAGAUGGUUUUACAUGACUACCUUCAUUUGGCAGGUGAUUGGAGGUUUCACAACUACAAUGGUCCAGAUGAGAACAGAAAUGGAAGAAGUUCAAGUGGGAUCCCGUGGAUGGCAUCAUUUGACACAGAUACUUUUGGUAAAUCCCAGACGGGCAGACAUAUCCUUAGUCUUGUGAGGAGUCUAGCUCAACCCAGGAAAGGAAUGGAUGACGACGGCGACUAUGAACCUUACAAAGUUGUCUGUAACAUCCUGAGAAGAGGUGAUAUCAUCUUUCCUCAUCGAGAUGCUCAUCGUAAUGAGACAGAGUUCACCGUUUUGCUGUACUUGAAUCAGUUGUGGAGGAAGAACGAUUACGGAGAAUUACUGUUGCUUGAUGAGGGUGAUGUGUUUGCCACCGUGGGCCCCAAGUUCAAUAGGGUUGUUGUGUGGGAUAGCUCUAUCGACUACCUGACAAGGCCACCAGGCAUGGCAUUUAAACAGUCCCAGUUCUUCCUGAUGGUACAUUACACAAGGAAUCACACCAAGGCGUUGCACUACAAGGGAGCUAGACUGCAGAGCAUUGCGGAACGGAAGCAGGCUACAGCUGAGUUAUUCUCCUCGAUGAACCAGCCUGUCAGUGAGACUAUGGAUGUGGGGAGUCAUGUCACCAUGAAAUACCAGGCCAAAAAUGGCAAGAAGAUCUUUGUGUUUGAUGAUCUCUUUAGCACGGAGGAUCUUGAUAAGCUGAGAUCGUUCACAGUUCGUCAUGGUCAUUACUUCUUUGAUGACAGCAUAGACACAGACAGUGAUAACGUGCAGUGGAUAGCUGCUUUCAACAUCGAUGACUAUGUUCGCAGCAGAAUGUGGAACAUCACCAGACGGGUUGCAAGAUAUGUCUCAGGAACAGACAAAUGGUUCCCCUACGACAUUGCCUGCAAUGUCAUCCGAUCUUAUGACCACACCCGAAUCCAUGAAGACUGCGAGAAGCAAGAAGAUGAGUGGACUUUCCUGCUGUAUCUGACCCCAAACUGGACGGCCAACUACUACGGCGAGACGGUGUUUCGAGAAAAUAACCGAGACGAUUCAGAAUACGUUGCCAGUGUGGUUCCACAAUACGGUCGUGUUGUUAUCUUCCAAGGAAUCAUUCCUCACUCGGCCAGACCUCCCAGUACUCUCUUCAAAGGAGCAAGGUUGAGUUUUGCUGUUAAGCUUUCUGCAACUCCUUGGCUGGCCAGGGUCAAGAUGCUGAAGCAGGAAUUUGCUCAUGAGGAAAGCAUGCAUCAGUCCGUUUUGUCUAUCAUGAAAUACUACAAUGAUGCGAGCUUUGAGGCACGAUACAAGAAACAACUCAUUGGCACAGCUCAAGAAAUCAUGGAAUUAGAACAAGAGCAACGACAGAGGUACCUGAAGGAUCUACGGCAGAUGCACCUGAGCAGAAGGGAUGAUGAGGACAUGCAGAGAGAUGAGGAUGGAGACGAAGACGAUGAUGAUGAAGAUGAUGACAAUGAUAGAGAGGAGGGGGAGGAGUUUGAAUAUGAAGGGGAGGAGGAUGGAGUGUUUGACUUUGAGGAGAGUUAUCACCGAGAAGAUGAGAAUGAAUUUCCUGAAAUUAACUUGAGAAAGGAGUACAUCUACAAUCUCAUUAAGACACUGAACCAUGAUGCAGAGGCCCUCACAAUACACUACGCACAGUUUCUUAAAGACAGGGAGGUCAUGACCAAGAGAUACUCCGAGGAAAUAGCCAAGCUCUUCUGAUGAUCUUGUCCAAACUUGUCUUCCAUCUUGCAAACAAAUUUGCAUCAAUAUUUAUAAACUGGAGCUGGAUGGAUUUCUAGUGUGCAGCUGUUGGAGCAAGUUAGUGCGUAUUUCUUCUGAGGAGCUCUACAAUUUAAAUAAGAGAUAUACACCGAGAUCUGUUCCAUUUUGUUCUUUUUUGAAUCCUAACCCUCUAGGGUGUAUGUAAAAAUCAUAUUGAAAUUGCAGGGUUGAGGACUACGUUAGGGUAAGCUAAGAAUAGGGAUUGCAGAUUUGUUAAAUUGUCGACGUUUGUUAUUUUUUGUACAGUCUUUUAGAGCAGAACUAAUUUUUUUGUUUUGGGGCAUUCAAACAGGGUCACCCCAAAUCAUACAGGUUGUUAGCAGUGACAAAAAGCUUUUUAGAAGACAUUUACUAAUUUUUUCAUAGAAUCUUGCCUAAAGAUUUGUUUGAACUCAAAUUUUUGUUUACAGAUUGAAGCCUUGUGGUCAGUUUGAGUAUUUUUCUCAGUUUAAAAUUAUUUUUGUAACGCCUUCCUGAGGACAAAUAUUUGAUGUAAUUUGCCUCGCAUAAAAUUACUCAGAAUGAUGUUUAAGCCAUUGUAAUGAAGAACAUUGAAGAAUCUUGGUUUCUACCUGAACAAACUUAUGAGAAAAGACAGAUUUGAACACCAUUUUGUGAGUUGCAAACGAAACUAAUAACCCACCUUGAGUCUUUAAUAAAUCCAGUACUCCUAAACAACUUCCAAAAUAUUGAUUUCAAAAUCAUUCCACAAAUUAAUUAUGACGAGAAUCGUAAAAAAAAAAUUACAACACAAUUGCGGACUGAAGAUGACAAUAAGAUUGAUGAUCUGCUGCAUAACUUGAAAUCUGCUGUACAAAAAUAUGUUCAAGAAAUGCAAAUCAUCUUUUUUACCUUUAAUCUCAAUUCAU